AUGACCAAGAGUGGAGCCGGCUACUGCGCAGUACGCCCGACCUCCGCUCGUCAUCUCGUGGGUGGCGGAGCUGAGGCUAGUGCCAGGGUGGCCUUGAACAUGUCCCUUCUCCAAUAUUCCGAAUUCAAAUACGAUCCUCUACCAACACGGAGCUCAAUCCGCCUCCUCCGUGUCCACAACACCCGCAAUGGCGUCCUGCCCUCCCUAUGCGGUUAUCCCAUACUCCACUGCUCACUUCAUGUCGUAGACCUCUCCAGUGACUCAGCACCCGUCUACGAGGCCCUAUCGUACACCUGGGACAGCCCCGAGACCGAGUACCAGAAACGGAAGACCGACAACUGGAAAGACCCGUACGGACCCCUGUGCAAGUGGCCCGUUGCCGUCAGGAAUGGCAACUCCGGCGAGCAUGCCGUCCUGCACGUGCGCAAGAACCUGUUCGAUGCCCUGCUGCACUUGCAGGGCAUGAACAAUGUCGACCAGCGGGAUGGCGAGUACGACAAGACACGACUACAUGUUGCUGCCGAAGACGGUGACAUGGACACCGUGAGGACCUUGCUUGAGGAGGGCGCGAGCUGUGGUGCAAGGGACUGUUUUGGCGAGACGCCACUUCAUUACGCCUCCGAAAACGGUUACUUCGAGAUCGUCAAGGUCUUAGUGGCUUCAGGAGCAGACAUGAACGUCUACGACAACACCGGCCGCCUGCCCGUCCAGUGCUGCAUCCAGCGGAAGCGCAGAGACUGGGAGCAGGUCACGAGAUUCCUGCGCGACGUGAGCUACCGCACCCAGGAGCUCCGCGACUUCAACGGCGGCGACCUCGAGAUCGAGAGGAGGCACCCGCCUUUCAACAAGACGGCCCUGAUCGAGGCGUCCGAGGAGGGCAGACUGGCGCGCGUGAAGAGGCUCGUUCGUCGCGGGGCGAACCUCUCGGCCACGGACGACUUUGGCGAGACGGGGCUGCACUAUGCGGCUGAAAAUGGACAUUAUGAUGUCGUCAAGGAACUCGUGCGGGCGGGGUCUGGCAUUGAGAUCGUGGAUGAGCACGGGAGGACGCCGAUAGAUUGUUGUACGCAACAAAAGAGAGGACAGUGGGAACAGGUUGCCAAGUUCCUGCGCGACCGUUCGUUUCGUCAAGAGGAGCUGAGCCUGACAGUUGCUGCUGCUGCUGAGGAGGUCGACUCGGACUCGGACUCGGAUCAAGACUCAGUCGAGGAUUUGAAGAACGAGGGUAAAGGUGCCGCAGGUGGGUUUUUCUGGGUUGACGCGAUAUGCAUCAACCAGGAAGACCUAGAAGAGCGGAGCGCACAGGUGCAGAUCAUGCCCCAGAUUUACAGCAAGGCCAGCUGUGUUAUUGUGUGGCUUGGGGAUGAUAGCCAGAUGAUUUUCCGGCUGCUGAGAAAUGUGUGGCAAGGGCCGGAUCUGAAAGACGUGAUUCGGCGGGUGAAUAAGAAAGCCAAGAGGCUCAAGGAGCUGAAGGAGCAGUGGUCGGUCUCACUCCUCGAAUUCCUGGAAGACCGCGCUCUUGACUGGGUCAUGCCCGAUGAUGGGAUUUUCACCAUCAACGACAUCCGUCUUAUCCUCAGCACGUUCCUGAGGUCAUGGUUUACGAGAGUUUGGUGCAUCCAAGAACUCAGCCUGGCCGCCAAGAUCAGGAUGUUCAUGGGCAAGACGGAACUAGAGUGGCACGAGGUCCUGAAAUUCCUGUGCCUCCUUGCCCAUCUGGGCUUCUUCCGUCCAUCGAGCGUGUGGAAGAUGGAUAAGGGCUGGACAACGCAGGAUGGAAAGGGCGGUGAUGGCAGCGAGGCUUGGAGACUCGCUGAGAUUCGAUUACGAACGGCGAGGAACAAGGAAGAAUGGGAUAUCGUCGAUCCUAUUCUGCACCGCAAGGACUGUGAGGCACCUUGUGUUCGAAAAGCAGACCGCUUGAGUCUCCCUCUGCUCAUGGCAGCCACAUGGUCCUUCGAGAGCAAGGACCCACGAGACAAAAUCUACGCCAUCAUGAGCCUUGCUGCACCUCUCCCUCCAGAAGACAAGAUUACGAUCGACUAUGCCUCCCCCGUGGAGGACCUUUACACCCAAGUUGCCCAUAUUUUCAUCCGCGGUUCAGGGCGUGACUCUAUGUACAACCGAGGGGAUGGUCUCGCGGGUAUUCUGGAGCCUCUAGAAGGUCUUUCAUAUGUCCAGGACCCGUAUUACAGCGGCCAACAGGCCAAGAUGCCCGAGCUGCCCUCUUGGGUUCCGGACUUUAGCAAUCCGCUCACGACAAGCCGCAUCUGGCGGAGGUCCUUCAGGGCCGCGAAGACGCUGGAGCCCGUGUUUGGACCUGGUGAGGGAAAGGGUAACCUCCAUGUCCUUGGAGCUGAGAUUGACGUUGUCGAGGCUGUGGAGCCCGGGUGGGCUGAUAUUGAUCCCGACGAUAUGCCAGCAGACCUGGAUGUUGACGUGGAGUCGUGGUUUAAGCUUCUGGAGACCGUUAAGCCCAGAGAUGGCGAGAGCCCUAUCCACAUGCUUUUCAGGACGCUUACGGUGGACAGGCUCUGGACGGGCCGUGACAAGGAUACCAGGCAGCAGAGCGCUGUUUCCUUUCGUGAAUUCAUCGCCUGGGAGCUGGCUUGCAACAUCAGAAAGACGCGGGAAGAGGAAGAGGAAGCAGCUCGUGAGUCGGAGCAAGAUUCCGAUUCCGCUGUCGAGAUCAAGAUCAGCCCAUUGGCUGAAGAAGAAGCGUCCGAAACGGCUUCGGACGCUGGCUCUAGCUCUGGGGAAGAGUCUGUGGAUUCCGGGGGUGGCUGGGCCUGUGAUGGUUGUGACCGGGAACUCGAGGCCGGAGAUUGGCAUUGCGAAGGUUGCGAAGACUUCGACUUGUGCUGGGAGUGUUUCCGGGAUGGCAAACUUGAGCACGACCCCAAGCACGACUUCACUCUCUACCAAAUCUCUCCAAAUGACGAGCACAGUUCAGAGGCUCGGGAACAGGUCGAGGCCCCAAGCCGCCUGACCAAGGUAUUGCGAACCCAGAGUGCCUUUGGUUCGACAGAGUCAUUGUCACUGAAACAGAAAGCUGUUAUGAAGCGCAUCAGCCAACUCCGAAUUGGAAGAUGGUUUGGGGACCACGGGGAGUUAUCAGACAGCGACUUAAAGGACAGUGCAUCCGGCCAUGAGGAGAACGAUGGCGCAAGUGUCAUAACCUCAACGAGCAACAGAGGCAACGGAGACCCCACAGGCACCACGUCAGGCCUCAAGCAGUCAUUGUUGUACAUGCUCGGCCACCAGAGAUCCCUCGAAAAUGCCGCCAAGAACCAAGGAGACUUGAAAUACCUCCCCACGCUCGACGAGAUUCCAGCCCAAGACAAACUGACAGGGGCCAUGUGGCAAUGGUGCAAGUACCACGGCGACCCGUCAGCCUGCAAGACACUCGAUGACGAGUCCAGUGUCCGCCUCCACAUAGUUAGGGUCUAUCGAAAGCGGUGCCUCUUCCGGACCAGAGCUGGACGACUGGGUCUUGGGCCCCAGUCUGUGAGGCCUGGAGAUGGGGUGUGGCUAGUGGCUGGGAGCAGGACACCGUACCUGCUACGGAAAAAGGAGCAAGAUAGUGAGGAAGAGAGGGAGAGGCUUGGAUUCUUAGGGGAGACAUAUCAUGGUGAGGUGCAAUCUAUCCCCAAGAUGCAUUCCAAGAUCCUUCUCUCGGCCCUGGCGCUCGGCGCCUCCACAUCUGCCGUCACGGUCCCGACACGAAAGCACGCCCGCCAGGCCCCAACAACCCUUGAUGCCGCCUUCAAGGCCGCAGGUAAGGAGUAUGUCGGCACCGCCCUCACGAUCCGGGACGACCCGCAGGAGGAGGAAAUUAUCAAGACCGAGUUCGGGUCUAUCACGCCCGAGAACGCCAUGAAGUGGGAGUCUACGGAGCCGACCCAGGGCAACUUCACCUUCGACGACGCCGACGCCGUGGUGGCUUUUGCCACCGAGAACGGCCAGAAGAUCCGCUGCCACACUCUGGUCUGGUACAGCCAGCUGCCGACGUGGGUGUCCGGGGGCGGGUUCGACAACGCUACGCUGCUUGAGGUGGUGAAGACUCACAUCGAUACCGUUGUGGGGAGGUACAAGGGUGUCUGUGACCAGUGGGAUGUUGUCAAUGAGGCCCUCAACGAAGACGGCACCUACCGCGACAACGUCUUCCUCGAGACCAUCGGCGAGGCCUACAUCCCCAUCGCCUUCCAGUACGCCCAGGCCGCCGACCCGGACGCCCGCCUCUUCUACAACGACUACAACCUCGAGUACGGCUCCGACAAGGCCCAGGGCGCCGCCCGCAUCGUCCAGCUGGUCCAGUCCUACGGCGCCCGCAUCGACGGCGUCGGGCUGCAGGGCCAUCUCACCUCGGAGCCGACGACCUCUUCCGGGGGCGGCGUGGCGCCGGGGCUGUCCACCCUCGAGACCACGCUCGCGCUGUACACGGACCUUGGCGUGGAUGUUGCUUACACCGAGCUUGACGUGCGGUUCAACACCACAUCUGGAGAUCUGGCUACGAAGGAGGCCGCACAAGCAGAUGUUUAUGUCAAUGUUUUCCAGUCGUGUCUCAACAACGAGCGCUGCAUUGGCAUCACUAUCUGGGGUGCUACAGACAAGUACUCCUGGAUUCCGGGAGUCUUCUCUGGAGAGGGCGACGCGCUGCUAUGGGAUGACAACUACCAGAAGAAGCCAGCUUACGACGCUGUCUUGAAUGCGAUCAAUGCGGCAAGUAACUCGACAACAUCGGGGACUUCAGCGGCGAAGUAUCGGUUCAGGAACGUGUCGUAG